AUGUAUGGGCGCUACACCCAGGAGCUCGGGGUGUGUGCCAAAGAGGAGGCCGCUCGGCUGAAGGAAAGUGGGACGAAGGUCAGUCAGCGAAGCCGGACACUGGAGCACGACAGUGGACGCUGUGCCAAGUUCGGCCCAUUUCGCAGGCUGAGGUUCCUGAUCUCAUUGAUCGGGGAGGACUGGAUCUUCUUCUUCCUGUUGGGGCUCCUCAUGGGCCUAACCAGCUGGGCAAUGGAACUGGGCAUCAACAUGCUCCUAAAAGGACAGCAGUGGAUAUAUGGUAGACUGGACAGUAACGGGUUCCUGCAGUACCUGGGCUGGGUCGGCUAUUCUGUUGCUCUCAUCGUGUUUUCUGCCGGCUUCACCCAGAUCGUCUCCCCACAGGCUGCUGGUUCAGGGAUUUCGGAAAUGAAGACCAUCCUACGAGGAGUAUUACUGAAAGAAUAUCUCACCUUCAGGACCUUUGUGGCUAAAGUCAUCAGUCUGGCGUUUGCCUUGGGCAGUGGUAUGCCCCUUGGCAAAGAGGCUCCCUUUGUACACAUCGCCAGUUUGUGUGGAGCUCUCCUCUGCAAGUUGCCUGUGUUUCGAGGAAUCUAUGAGAACGAGUCCAGGUACAGAGAGAUGCUGGCAGCAGCCUGUGCUGUGGGAGUGGGCUGCGUUCUGGCUGCGCCCGUAGGAGGUGUGCUCUUCAGUAUUGAAGUAACAUUCACAUUCUUUGCUGUGAGGAGCUAUUGGAGAGGCUUUUUUUCUGUCACCAUCGCUGCCAUCUUUUUCAGGGUAUUGGCUGUGUGGCACGAAGAAGAAGAGACCGUCACAGCCCUUUUCAGAACCCAUUUCCAGGUAGACUUUCCCUUUGACCUCAAGGAGAUUCCUGCCUUCGCUUUGCUUGGUAUUAUCAGUGGUUUUGGCGGGGCUUUGUUUGUCUACCUAAACCGACGGAUUGCCCUGUUCAUCAAGAAACAGAAGCUCUUCAACACAUUCCUCAUGAAAAAAUGUCUUGUGUAUCCAGUGAUGGUCUCUUUCCUCAUUUCGUCACUAUUGUUUCCUUCUGGUUUUGGACAAUUUAUGGCUGGAGAGUUCUGGAUGUGUGCCUUGGCCAUCACCAUGCCAGUGCCCUAUGGAGCCUUCAUGCCAGUACUUGUCAUUGGGGCCGGCUUGGGCCGUCUGGUUGGAGAAUGCAUGGCAUUCUGGUUCCCGGAAGGCAUUCAUGCAGGUCAUGCUAUCUAUCCCAUAGUGCCAGGAGGCUACGCUGUGGUGGGUGCUGCAGCUUUGUCCGGAGCAGUCAGCCACUCAUUUUCCACCGUGGUCAUGGUGCUUGAGUUGACUGGACAGAUCUCCCACCUUCUGCCGGCCCUGGUAGCGGUGGUCCUGGCCAACCUUGUGGCCCAGUCCCUGCAGCCCUCCAUCUAUGACUCCAUCAUCAAGAUAAAGAAGCUUCCCUAUCUCCCAGAGCUGGGCUGGGGUCAGCACGAGGUGUACAACAUUCGUGUGGAGGACAUUAUGGUGCGCGACGUGCAGUACAUCACACUCAGCUGCAGCUACAGAGACUUGCUAAACAUCCUAAUGAAAAGUCGACUAAAGGCUCUACCCCUGCUCAAAUCAGCUGAGUCAAUGACCCUGUUGGGCUCCAUCGAGCGUGCCCAGCUCCAGUCGCUGCUCUCGCAGCAGCUCAGCUGUGCCGGACGUCUGCAGUGCAUCAAAGAACGAGGCGCUGAGGAGAAGAAGAUCCUCUCCGCUGAGUCAAACCCACCCAGCAAUAACAACAGCAGCCUGCAGACAGGCCAGGAGGAAGGCCACGCCCAGUUCUCCUCUCGCCCCACACCCAUCUGGUCCAUCGCUUGCUCAGAGCAAGUGUUGUGCUCACGAGAUGAAUCAGGAGUCACACUGAGAAGCAUUUUCUGUGCUAGUUCAGAUGCAGAAGAGGUACAAGAUGAUCGAGAUGUUCAAGAUCCCACUGGUGAGAUUACAGACUGGGAGGCAAGGCAACUUGAUGAGAGGGUCAACUUCAACAACUGCAAGAUUAACCCUGCCCUGAUCCAGCUGCUGGAGUGUACAUCGCUGCAUAAGACCUACACCAUCUUCUCUCAGCUGGGCCUCGACCACGCCUACGUCACCAGGAUCGGACGCCUCAUCGGGGUGGUUUCCAUCAAAGAAGAUUUCUGCAGCUGCUCGUCUUUCUACCCUGUAGUAACAGCUGGAGUGAAGUUUGUCUUUCCAGAUGAGUUUAAACGUUACGUCUAA